AUGGCCACCUUUUUCCCUAUUCAUAUUCUCAUCCUCCUAUUUUUAGGUUCACUGAUCACCGGCACCCACAGCUUCCGGAUAGGAAUUAACUACGGCCGUGUGGCUGACAACCUCCCGACCCCAUCACGUGUGGCUUCCUUCAUCCUCUCCCUCAACAUAACUCGUGUCAGAGUCUACGAUGCCGACCCGGAAGUCCUCUCGGCAUUCGCCAACACAAACGUCGAACUAACAAUCGGGCUCGAAGACAAGUACAUUGAGAACUUCACCGACCCGGCCCAAGCCCAGAAUUGGGUCCAACAGAAAGUGGCCCCCUACACCAACCAAACCAAUAUCAAGAUGAUAACAAUCGGCAACGAGGUCCUCACAGGUAAUGACACCAAGAUGAUGAUCUCCCUUCUGCCCGCGAUGCAAAAUGUCCAAAAUGCCCUCGCGGACCUUGGCCUGAGCCAGAAAAUCCACGUGAACACGCCACACUCGUACGGGAUCAUGGGCGUUUCAUUUCCCCCCUCAUUGGGCACGUUCAAGCCCGAGCUCGUGGACUACCUCAUGGGCAUAUUGGUCUUCCUCUCCCAAACGGACUCCCCGUUUUUGAUCAACGUGAACCCUUACUUUGCAUACAGGGAUGACCCGGAGCACGUGUCGUUGGCGUACGUGCUUUUUGAGCCCAACCCGGGCCAGACAGAUCCUAUCACCAACUUGCAUUACGACAACAUGUUGUACGCACAAAUGGACGCUGUUUACUCGGCCCUCAAUGCUUUGUAUCCACAGAUGGACUCGGCCCUCAAUGCUUCGGACUCCUAUAGCCCAUCUUUGAGAGUUGACGAGAUCGGAUGGUCAUGUUGGAGAAUUCCAAGGAAAUGGAGACCACCACCAAGUGGAAUAGAGCAGGCGAGUUUGUUCAAUCUAAAUGGAACAGACCAGGUGGAGAACGCGAGGGUGUUCAAUGGGAAUCUGCUGAAACGUGUAGAGGAGAAGCAGGGGACUCCCCUGAGGCCAUCGGACCCAAUAGAUGCUUAUAUCUUUGCGCUCUUUGACGAGGACCUGAAGCCCGGCCCAGAGAGCGAGAGGCAUUUUGGUCUCUUCUAUCCCAAUAUGACGCCUGCCUACGAUAUCGGGUUGCAAGGUCAUGGUGGUCGUGGUCGUGCUGUUCAGCGCGUGGAUUACACGGUUUCGGGGAUUAAUAAUAAUAGUAUUGUGGGUGGGUUGUUUGGGUUUUACAUGGCUUUCAUCUGUAUUCUGCUCCUGCUUAUUUAA